UUUUCUUAAAUGUUUCUUAAAAACGAUUGCUCUCAAACCGAGUCCACCACGUAUUUUGUUAACACAUGAAUUUGUUUUUCUUUUUUUUCUAAUUUUCUUAUUAUGACAAUUCAUCCCAACAUUUUUAAGAUAUAUUUUAAGCAACGUGUCUCCCUCCUCUACCUCCCCCUCCCUCCCUCUCCCUUCCAAAAAACAUCCACAAAUAUUUUUAAUUCCUUCCUUAAGUUAUCAUUUCCAACAUUUAAUUUAUAAAAGAAAAAAAUUUUUUUAAUUAUAUUUAGCGCUUGAUUUUAUUAUUUUAUUUUUUAGAUGUGGUAAAAAGCCCAAAUAUUUUUUGGGCUUUUUGGCUUGUUUAAAAAGCCAAAUAAAAUCAUAUAUUUAUUUUUCUUUUAAAAAUUUCUUCUAGAACAAAUCUAAAAAUUUUAAAAUGUUAUUUUUAAUUUUAUUUUUAUUAAUUUCAAUUCCACUAAUUAAUUUUAUUAAUUUUGGCAAUUCUUUAAUUUUUAAUGGAAAUUCUGAAAAUUUCAAUAAAAUUAAAUUUAAUUAUUUCCGUAUAAAAAGACAAGGAAGAUUUAAAAGAGCAAACAAAAAAUGGACUUUAGAUGAAUGUAAAUAUGCUUCUUUUGGGAAACCGUGGAUGUUAGAAGAUUGCUGUAAACAAGGGCAUGGGAGGGCUAUGAAGUUGGGUUGUAAUUGAGAAAUGAUUUUUUGGAAAAAAGUGAUAUAAUGAUUAAAUUGAUUAUUUUUUAUAAAUAUAGAUCGGUUAUGUGAUAACUUUUAUCAGCAGCAAAAAAAGUUUUUGGCUCUGGUUUAGGACAUGCGUCCCAUGAGCAAUGGACGACUCAACGAUUUGACUGUACCAGGGAACCUGCCGACAUAAAAAUAAAAUUCCCAAUUUCGGGAAUAGGAGCGGCAGGAUCCCUGGAUUCGGUACAGGAUCCCUAGAACCCAUGAUCCCGCACUCAUCGUGGACCCUAAUGAGGCUCAUCGUGGACCCUAAGGAGGCGCUUAAACGCUCAUGUGACGCAAAUCCGCAAAUCCUAAAAAAACUUGUAGGGUUGAAUCUCGAUAACACGUCUCUAUCUCUCUCUUCUUAU